UCGUCGAAACUGCCUCCCAAAUCCUUCCUUUAUCGUCCCUCUUCUCUUCGAUCGCCAGCCAGCCUCCUCCGAUCCAUGGAUCCCUCCGACCUACGCCCGUCCCCGCGGCAGGAGAUGCAUCUCAAAGGCCCCCGCCCGUCGCCUCUCAGCCUCAAGGUCAGCAAAGACUCCCACACGAUCAGGAAACCCCUCGCCGCGCCGCCGCCUCCCCACCGCGACCCGGUCAUCAUCUACUCCGUCUCCCCCAAGGUCAUCCACGCCGACCCCAGCGAGUUCAUGGCGCUCGUCCAGAAGCUGACCGGCCCGGACUCCGCGAUCUCCCCCGCCGCCCGCAUCGCUUCCUUCGAGAAAUCCUCUCCGCCCGCGGAUGUCGAGCCAGCGCUGUUCCCGGGGAUCCUCUCUCCGAUGCCCGCGGAGCUCCCGCCUAUUUCGCCGAACCUCUUCUCGCCCUCGGCGUCCGAUCCCAUCUUCUCUCUGGGACUGAGUCCGGAUUUCGCCGACAAGAAUCCCAACGCCAAUUGGGGCAGCAACCUCCUGACUAGCCCUAAUUACAUUCCUUCCCCCGGAGCCUUCUGGGAGCUCCUACACCAGUGCCCAGGUUUCUAGGCCAUGAAAACAAGAUUUCGAAUUUUUUUUCCCCCAAAUUGGAAACUGAGGAAUCUGCCACAAUGCAAAGGAGGAAGCCGCUGCUGCAGAUUGGAAUCGUCCAUGGAGUUUGAGGGCUGCAUCUCUUCCAUUGACUCUGCCUUCUUGGCCAGGAAUUACAAGAUCUUCGAUUUGGCAUGGCAAUGCCUACAUGGAUGAUGAUGGCAUUCUCAUUCGCCCCCGGGCACGGUGCGGCUCUAGCAGAUUCUUCUAUGCAGCGAGGGUUCGAAUCUCAGAACCGAACAGUUAGGUUACUUGACCAAGCAGCUCGCGAUUUCGGAUUUACCCAUUGAGAAGUUGCAGACAAGGAAUCAAAUAGACUAGAUGAAGUUGCAGACAAGGAAUCAAAUAGAAUAGAAAAGCAUGAGCCUUGUUAAAUGUGAGACCAUGGAGCCACUCCUCGGCGACUAAACUAGACCAUCCAUUCGUCGCACGGGUGCUCAAUGUUGGCACUUUGUAGGAAGAACUUCACAGGCCAAGGCUACUAUCAACAACUCACACCGCGCAUUUUCUUUUCCUUUUUAGAGUUUCAGCUUCACCCUGACCUAUGGAUGCCCUGAUUUGAACACUCACAGUCUAAUGACAGGUGAAGUUGUUAAUAUUACUACAUUUUCGAUAACUUUAUAUGUGGUUUUGUGGUAUCCGGUGUUCAUCCCUGGAAUCUCUAUAGAACUUUGCUUGCCUCAAUUGCUAUGUUAUUUCUUGAGACAAAUCUUUAUCUUCACUCAGAUUUUCACUUUAUGCCAUUCAGUCAGGAGCUGAAGUCAUUUUCGCUAUUUUGGUCAAUAACAACAACCUUUGAUGGCUUCAUUACUUGCUCAGAAUUUGGAACGCACUUGGAAUGUGUCUCUCAUUCUUUUAGCAUCUUUUCAUGUCAUAUUUCUGAAAGAAUUUUUCUAAUCAAUCAAACAAUUCAAAUA